GCAAUUUUACCAAAGGUCUGUCAUCCCUUCCUGUCUUUUGCACAGUGGACACUAGAGGAAGAGAAUGGCAAAGAGAAGAUGAAGGAUCCCUAUGGCUUCAAGUUGGCUGAGGACAUCCCAUCAUUAGAGGUGGCACAGGCACAAAGCGGGAAACAGGAGGAAAGAGCCAUUUUAUCCUAUUUUGAAGUCGUUUUCUGGAGGUCACUGACUGUCAGAUCACAAAAGCUCAGUUCAGAGCUGUUGUAUUUGGUGGCACUGAAUUUGGACAUGAAGAUCUUUUCCCUUUUCCUUGCUGUUCUUCUCUUAAUGCUCCAAGGCUCUUCAGGUUUCAUGCGUGCACCUAAUAACCAUGUGCAAUGCAAACAGGCUGGGGGUACCUGUUCUGCUGACCACUGUCCUCUACCCAAUACGAGAUUCUUUGGACGUUGCCAGCAAGGAGUCCCUUGCUGUCGGACUGUGUAUGAUUAGUUGGUAUCUCAGUUGGGCUAAGGAGAGCUUUUGGCAGCUUAAGAGAUGCAUCAUACCAUCAGAAAAUCUGGAAUUUUGAGCUGAAAAUACCCAUUUAACACACACGUGCACACACAAAAACAUGAACAACAACAGAAAGAAAACUAACUCCUCCACAAACAAAAUUAAUGACCUGAAGAAAUUCCAAAGCAAUUCUUGAACCAACCAGGAAAGACCAACAUUUCUCAUUUUUCUAAAAUGUUUUUUUCUGUUAAAACUGUGGCCACCAACAUCUGUCCCAGAGAGAGGAUUACCAACAUGCAGAAGUCUGUUGCCAUGAGAGGAAGCAAAACAGGUUCUUCCUUUGCCCCUCAGAACAGAUACUCAUUAUUUUCUUUCCUUUUUUUGAUUUAGUAGUAAUGUGAAUAAUGCUAGCAGACAAAGUCUCCAGGGAACAUCAAAUGUUCAGCUGGAGUGUUCAUAUUUCAUAACCUACAUAUCUCAAUAAAUGUUAAUAAACUUGCUCCAGAAGGAUUGCAUUUGA